UAAGGGUGUCGAUUCUCAAGCUGGAACAUUGGAGGAAAACAUCUACUGUAUUCUAUCCACAAAACAGCCCCAAAACAAACGGAUGUGCUUCAGAAAACGAAACGGCUACCGCCCUCCAGAUCAUUUUAAUGCCAAAAUUAGUCAAAAGGGAAGUAGGUGAUUUUGGCCAUAGCAGAUUCAGCAGUGCCUUUAGUUCCCUAUGUAGUCACAAACCCCUCUCCAGAAGAUCUAGUAGAGGUUAGUUGACAGCCCAGAGAUAUUUAUCUACCCCACAAAACCUGCAGCCAUUGUAAAUCCGCAGCCUGCAGGGGGAUGACAUGCAUGUGUCCAGGCAUUUAACAUCAUUGAGGACUUUAAGACUAGUAGGCUGCCCUCCGCCAAGCCAUGAUGGACAUUCUGUACACAGGCCCUGUCCCGGCAGACCGCGAGUCUCCAAUGACGCGGAGCGAGCCGUCCCCCAGUCGUGCCCAGCAUCCCUCGCCCACACAGAAACCCAACACCUGCUGCUUCUGCUGGUGCUGCUGCUGUAGCUGCUCAUGUCUCACUGUUAGGAGUGAAGAUGACAAGCGCGAGCAGAGGAAAGCCCAGGAGACAAGGCUGGAGCCCUUUCCAUGUGAACCUUGCCCCAAACCGACGAUAGAAGAUAUUAAACAGUGGGCGCAGUCUUUCGAUAAGCUGAUGAAGAACCCAGCAGGACGGAACAAGUUCCGUGAGUUCCUGCGGACGGAGUACAGUGAGGAGAACAUGCUCUUCUGGCUGGCCUGCGAGGACCUGAAGAAUGAGAUCAACAAGAGUGCCAUCGAGGAGAAGACUCGUUUGAUCUAUGAAGACUACAUCUCCAUCCUCUCGCCCAAAGAGGUGAGUCUGGACUCUCGUGUAAGGGAAGUGAUCAACAGGAGGUUGCAGGAUCCCACCCCUCACAUAUUUGAGGACGCACAGCUGCAGAUCUACACUCUCAUGCACAGAGACUCUUACCCACGAUUCCUCAACUCCUCUGUCUACAGAUCACUGGUGCAGGGGGGCUCACGCUCCUCAUCCGAGUCAUAG